AUGAGACCUCCGAGGGGACGUGGCGGCGGCGGCAGCUUCAGGGGCGGUAGAGACGGGGGCGGUCGUGGCGGCGGAUUCAGGGGUGGUAGAGACGGAGGCGGUCGUGGCGGCCGUUUCGGUGGCCGUGGAUCUUUUCGCGACGAAGGCCCUCCAUCUGAAGUCGUUGAGGUUGCUACAUUUCUUCAUGCCUGUGAAGGUGAUGCUGUCACGAAGCUCACAAAUGAGAAAAUACCAUACUUCAAUGCUCCGAUUUACCUCCAGAACAAGACACAGAUCGGUAAAGUCGAUGAGAUUUUUGGGCCCAUCAAUGAAUCGUACUUCUCGAUUAAGAUGAUGGAGGGCAUUGUGGCUACAUCGUAUUCUCCUGGAGAUAAAUUCUUCAUUGACCCUGCUAAGCUUUUGCCGCUUGCAAGAUUUCUUCCCCAGCCAAAGGGACAACAACAAUCUGGUAGAGGGGGAGGACGAGGCGGUUCAAGAGGUGGUCGUGGUGGGUUCCGUGGUGGAAGGGGUCCUCCGAGAGGCGGCAGAGUUGGUGGCGGUUUUAGAGGUGGUCCUCGCGGUGGUCGUGGUUUCAGGGGCCGGGGAAGAUCAUAA